AUGCAAAGACAGUGCACCCUGCAGGGCGGCAUGAUGCCUAUGAGCGUAUACCAUUCACCACCCGCACUCGACAAUAAAAAUGGCGCUUUAUUCAUCAAUACGCUCACCCUGCAGGGCGGUAUGAUGCCCAUGAGCGAUUACCAUUCACCACCCGCACUCGACAACAAAAACGGCGGCCUACUGAUGUGCUCGCCGGUCAGCUCGCUGGACGGGUUCCUGCACUCACCAGCACAGCCCCGUCCCGAACCCAGCUUCAAGGAUGACACCAGCUGUCCAGCUGUCCGUGUUCCAGACGGCGGCCUACUGAUGUGCUCGCCGGUCAGCUCGCUGGACGGGUUCCUGCACUCACCAGCACAGCCCCGUCCCGAACCCAGCUUCAAGGAUGACACCAGGUAA